CUGCCUUCGCCAUCCUCAUUAGGAUAAACAAGUUGACGUGAGUGCAGUGUCGUCAGCCAUUCAAUCAUUUCCUGAUCUUUAUCGUCAGUACAUCUCACUCACCCUCCGUUUGUCUACCACAAUUGUAAUUAGUUUUUUUAUAGAUAUAUUAGAAGGGGUUGUAUUCUAAUAACAUUGCCUGGAGUGCGUUUAGCUUGUACAUAAUCGUCAAAUGAAGUGAAAUCUGCCUGGCCCUCGAGGUACAACUUGGAUAAUAACCUCGGAAACUGUCGUAAGAAACAUGGACACUCCACAGUAUUCAGGCUACCCAUCACACUACUGGUAUCCUCAGGCUCACUCCACGGGACACUAUGCAAAUGCCUACCCCUCUGCAUCUGAUGGCCAGCCACAGUAUAACCCACAGGUAAUUUCUGGAGGUUAUCCAAACGGCCAUGGUGUCUACAGCCCAGCACAGAGUCAAUAUUCAACGAGUGGUUUCCAUCCAUCCAACCUUUUCUACUGUGCUGACACUCAGACAACGCCUCCAGCUUCUUACCCUAGUCACAGUUGUCCUGCAGAACAAAACAGUGGGCAAGCUGGACAGCCACAUUCACAAAACCAUCACUAUCCGGGUAUACACUGUCAAGCGGGUCCUGGAUAUCCUCCGGGGCCAUAUACUCACUACAGCGAAGGUGGUCAUGCAAUGCCUCCAAACACGCUUUAUCCCACGGGCCAAUCUCUGCACACCAACCCCACGGCUGAAGCUUGGCCACACCCUGGCACAUACGCACCUUCACAACAGCAAUGGCAGCCAGGCCAACAGCUUCCUCCAAGUAAUUAUGGAAUACGGCCGCUACACCCUCCAGCUUGGCCAGGGACUGGAAGUGGUGCCCCACCACCUUACCAACCCAAGGACCAACAACACCAGCGCACACCGCAAGUGGGACCUAAACCCAGGCUAACCACAUCCCCAAAUCGCACCAAUGGGAAACCCACAGAAAUUAGUUCACCUCCCCAAAUCUUCAAGAAAGCAGGGCAAAUUGAUCAAAAUCACUCUCAAAGUGAGCCCCCACCAUCUGCACCUACCCAAUCUCAAGCUCCAGGCAAAGCUGGACCCCCACCCGUCAGCGACAACCCCAGCUUAGCUCGGGUUCAGCAAAUCGUGGCAAGAGUGCUCCUUCUUCAGGAAGAUGUUGAUGAGUUUGUGGGUAAAAAAACAGAUAAGAGUUAUCGAUGCCUGGAGGAACUUCUAACCAAAGAACUGCUUGAGCUGGACUCCGUGGAGACUCAGGGACUUGAAAAUAUCCGUCAAGCACGAAAGGAGGCUGUGCAGAGAAUCCAGGCCAUUCUCGACCGGCUGGAAAGGAAAGCUUUCUAAAGUCGGUCAUGAACCACUUUAUUGGGCCUCAGACCGUAUCGGCUUCUUCCAGAUCUAAUUUGAACUAGAGAGUUGAAACAAAUGAUCAAAAAUGACCCAGUACGCUGUUGGUAGUAGAUCAGCAAACCGUUUUUUGUACAUAUCAGGAACUUUGGAAUCAGUCUGUGACUGAAUUUUGAUUUGUGGUAUUCUGAAUGAUGAAAGGAAGAGGGAAUUAUUAUUGCCACUCUCAAACUGUUGCUAAUCCCCCACAAGUGAUUCAGAAUCAAGUACCGGCAAUCACCCUUACUGUCCUUGCUUGUGUGUCAGUUUUAAAAGAGUCCUUUGAUCUUCACAAUAUGCACAUUGCCUUAACUGCCCAUUAGUGUUUGUCACCGUCCAGUUGCAUGAUCACGUAGUCCCUCGACACAUGGAGGUUAUCACAGUGCUCUCGUUCAGUGUGUUUUGUUUCCAUUGUGCUCCGCAUUGCAUGCACAAUACUUUUGCAACCUCUAUGACCUCAUAAUUGAAAGAUGGAUGAGUAAAACAAAACAAAGCACUAGUUAUUUUCAUAUACAUAUAUGAAAAUAACUGUACUUUUGUCAUUCUGUCAUUUUUUGCCCUGUGAUUUCCAACCAAUGAACAUCAUACGUUCAAACAGUGAAAGUGCUUUUUCACAAUUGCCCAUUCAAACUGUCAAGAACCCAUUUAAUUUGUUGAACAUCAGUGUUUGUUAAAGCACCCGAGUCAAACUAUGUUGGUUCUGUCAUUAGUCUCAUUAUGUUUUAAAUGUCGCACAAUUCUUCCAAGUGGUGCAGUGUAGACAUUUUCCCCUGAAACAUGAUGGAUGUUUUGAUUAUAACAGAGUUCCAUGUAUCGGGAUGUUCAGUAUAUUCAGAAAAAAAAAUAAAAGUAUUGCAUGGAAAAUGUA